AUGGAGGAAGAAUUUCGGCUUGAAGAAGAACGUCACCAUUACUUCUAUUACGGUCAAUCAGCACACGCUAUAUCUUCGGCCUCCUGCAAUCAGGUCAAUGAUACUGUCAACCAGGGCUUAAGUGAACUAAGCGCUAUGAUACCUAAACCUAAUCGACUGGUCCAGUCACUGACCAACAAUGAACCGGGUACUUUGAACGAUUCUGCUGGUCAGGUGUCUACUCUUCCUAGUCGGGGCCAAAUGCACCGACAAGAGACAGAGAGAAGAGUGCAAAGGGCUGACAUAACGAGGGCUGCUGGGGAUAGUGCAGCUAUUGUUAGCCGUGGGGACAGACGUAAAACAUGUGGAAUAGUCUCCGGUGGGAACUCUGUUUUGCCUUACAACUCAGUAUCUUCUUCUUCAUGCAGUUCUCUAUCGUUGGGUCUGGACAGCACCGAAAAGACAAACGGCUUCGAGACCAGUGAAUUCUCUAAUACUCCAGUUUCUGAACCAAAAAUGAGGAUGACCAAAAUCUCUUCCAUCAUAGAAGAGGACCGGAUGUGUGGUACAGUGGGUGAGGCAACCGCCACCCUGACCAGACCGUCUUCUCAAUUUAUAUCGAAGAGACAAGUAGCAGGUCCUGAUCAUGAGGCCCUUAAUGGUAGGAAGAGCAGAGAAAAUGUGGAGGAGGAAGAUGAUGAGAAAAAAGAAGUAGAAGAUUCACAUCGGCGAUUGCCAGGUUACAAGCGUGUGGGAGUCCCAACUCCUUUGGUCCAGGCGGCCUCUCUGUACUCAUUGAACAAAACGCAGCCUGUUGUCCGGUGA